AUGGGAUCUUCUGUGGAGUUUGCCUGCUUGCUGCUGAUGGUUUGCACUCUAGGAAAGAACCACUUGGUGUCUGGAGGUUGUUUAGGGAAAUGCUGCCGGGGCAGAGACUUGAGCUGUCUGACCACUGACUGGAGGAUGGACCGUGUGUAUGGGACAUGCUACUGCGACGAGGGCUGCGUCAGGACCAAGGACUGCUGCUUCGACUACUUCACAGCGUGUCCAGCUCAGGACUGUGCUGUGAGUGAGUGGAGCUUUUGGAGCGGCUGUGCCAAGCCCUGCCAGCCUUCAGUCCGAGUCCGACUCCGUCACGUGGAGCAGCAGCCCAGUAACAGCGGAGAGCCCUGUCCCAGUCUGGAGCAACGCAGCGGCUGCAGGGAGUACAGAGACCACCAGGGCGCCCACUGUGGACUCAAGUCAGGUCCUGCAUUCAUAACCAGCUUGGAGUUUGGCAAGGGAAGGCCCAAGCAUGACAACUAUGGAAACCCCCUCGACCCUGGGUUCUGUGUGGAAUUCACACUGGAGUCCCGUACACCCCACUGUACAGUGCAGAACCGGCCACACACACACUGGAUGCGCUACAUAACAGAAGGUUUUAAAGUGUGUGUGGCGUGUGAGCCUCCCGCUAUGCGAAACAAUAGUGGCAGCUGCCAAGGAGACGGUCAGGAAUCAGACAAAGAAACUUUGCUCCACUGGCAGGCAGUGGGGAACCAUCAGUGCAGCGGGACAUGGAAGAAGAUCCAGAAAACCCAGCAGUGCAACUGCCCACCACAACACAGCUUUGUCUUCAUCUGA